AUUAAUUGUUGAACGUGCUUUCAAGACGUUAAAUUUACGUCUUACUAUGGUGCGACCCAACAAUCAACUGCCGGAUAAUCUUCCGCAGUUGCAAAAUCUCAUCAAACGUGAUCCAGAAUCCUACAGCGAUGAGUUUCACACACAAUACGAGCAUUUCCUUAGUCUGCUCGAGAUCUUCGCCCUAAAUCCGGGCGAGGAAAACAAAUCGCUCGACGAGAUCAUAAUGUUUAUUGCCCAGGUGGCACAGUGCUAUCCGCACGUGAGCCAGCAGUUUCCCAAGCACCUGACCGAUCUGCUGAGAAGCAGCGCCACCGUCCUGGAUCCGGCAAUGCGAAAUUGUUUCGUCAAGGCGUUAAUACUGCUGCGCAAUAAAAAUCUUGUGCCCGCCUUGGACAUACUGGAGCUGUUCUUCCAGCUGCUGCGCUGCCAGGACAAGAAUCUGCGCACGUUCUUGCAGACGCACAUUGUCAACGACAUCAAGAACAUGAAUGCCAAGCACAAGGACAUGAAGCUCAAUUCGAGCCUGCAAAAUUUCAUGUACGGCAUGCUAAAGGAUGCCAAUCCAAAAGCUGCCAAAAUGUCGGCCGACAUUAUGAUCGAGCUCUACAAGAAGAACAUCUGGAACGAUGCCAAGUCGGUUAAUGUCAUCGCCAGCGUCGGCUGCUUCUCGCCCAUCACCAAGGUGCUGGUCACAUCGCUGAAAUUCUUUCUGGGCCACGACGAUGAGGAUGAAGCUGCCACCGAUUCGGACAGCGAGCCCGAGGUGGACCUGAAGGGCGCGCUCAUGGCGAAUCGUGUCAACAAGAAGACCAAGAAGCGCCAGAAGCAGCUGCAACAGAUCAAGAAGCAGGCCGUGAAGGCCCAAAAGAAAAAGAAGAACGCGCCCGCAUUCAAUUUCUCGGCCAUACACCUGAUCCACAAUCCGCAGGGCAUGGCCGAGGGUCUGUUCAAGCAGCUGCAGUCAAGCAACGAGCGCUUCGAGGUCAAGUUAAUGCAUCUGGACGUCAUCUCCCGUCUGAUUGGCAUACACGAGCUGUUCCUCUUCGGCUUUUAUCCAUAUAUCACGCGCUUCAUGCAGCCGCAUCAGCGCCAGGUGACGCGAGUGCUGCAGUUCGCGGCGCAGGCAUCACACGAGCUGGUGCCCGGCGACAUCAUCGAGCCCAUACUGAAGACUAUUGCAAAUAAUUUCAUCACGGAACGCAAUUCGAGCGAUGUCAUGGCCAUUGGCUUGAAUGCCACGCGCGAAAUAUGCAUGCGCUGUCCGCUGGCCAUGGGCGAGGAUCUGCUGCAGGAUCUGGCCAUGUACAAGACGUACAAGGAGAAGUCUGUGAUGAUGGCCGCGCGCUCACUAAUCACGCUCUAUCGCGAACAGCUGCCAAAGCUGCUCCACAAAAAGGAUCGCGGUCGCCAGACAGAGGCGCAGGCGGAGCGCAAGGUGCGCGCCUAUGGCGAACGCGAUGUCCAGGACACGGUGCUUGGUGCCGAGGCUCUGCUCAAGAAUUCUAAGACCAUAGACAUAGGCAGCGAUGACGAUGACACGGACUCCAAUGAUGGCGAGUGGGUGAACGUGGCGCACAGCGAUGGCGAGGGUCCAGCGCAAAGUGGCGACGAUGAUGAUGAGGAGGAGGAGGAGGGCAGUGACACUGAUGAGGACGAAGUGGAUGAUGACGACGACAACGACGCGGAGGAGGACGUCGAUGCAGAGGAGUCUGAUGAGGGCGUUGCAAGCGAGGGCGACGAAACGUCGCCCAAGGCGGACAAAAAGGAGAAGGCAAACAUAAAGUUGCUCAACCAAAAGGAAGCUGCGCAGGAAUUGGCGCUGACGCGCAUCUUCACGGACGAGGACUUCAAGCGCAUCAAUGCCGCCAAUCUGAAGAAGACGGUAACAAGUGCCCGCAAGCGGCCUUUGGAGCAGGAUCGCGCCGAGUUCGUCAAGCUGAACAGCAUUGAGAUGAUCUACAAGAAGCGCAAGCACGACAAGGAGUCGCGCCUGGAGACGGUGCAGGCGGGUCGUCAGGAUCGCGAGCGUUUCGGCUGGAAGGACGGGCGUGUCAAUGAGAACUGCUCCAAGACGAAUCGAGAGAAGCGCAAGACGAAAAACUUUGGCAUGCUGCGGCAAAAGGCGCGCUCCAAGGUCAAGAAGAGUUUCCGCGACAAGCAGCUGGCCAUGCGCAAGCACUUGCUGCACCAGAAGAAGAUGAAGUAGCCGCGGACAAACCCGCUUUUCGCAUUGCCACUGCAAUAAAAUUUAUUUUCCAUUUGUA